AUGAAGUUUUGGAGGCUCAAUGUUGUUUUCCAUGCAAAUGCUAAGAGUUUUCUCAUAGCACAGGAAGUUUUGAAUACCAAUUCUGCAAUAUCGUCAUUUGUUCCAGGGGUUGUUCUAUGGACCAUUUGGAAAGUCAGGAAUGCCAUUGUGUUCGAAGGAGGGAAGUUAGACCAGACUGAAUUAUUUUUCUUAGCAAGGUUUAGGCUUUCUUCUUGGUUCUUAGCCAAAUACAAAGAGAUUUAUAUUCCUAAGGACUCUCUUAUAUCUGAUCUUUCUCUUGGGGAUUCUUGUUUAGUACUCAAAUCGAUUGUAUCUAAGAUUCCUUGGUCUCCUCCUCCUAAGGGCUUCAUUAAAUUGAAUGUAGAUGCUGCUACUAGCUUUGACUGGAAGACGAGUGGUUUAGGUGGCGUUCUAAGAAACGAUAAUGGCUCGAUUUUAUGUUCUUUCAAGGAGUCUUCUGGUCCAGGUCCUCCUAUCUUGAUGGAGCUUAAAGCUAUUCAAAAGGGUUUACUUUUCUUUGUCCUUUUUCGAGGGCUUGUUAAGGAACGUUUGAUUAUUGAGAGUGAUAGUAAGGUGGCAGUGCACUGGAUCAAGAAUGUUGAACUAUGUCCAAAUGUGUAUGCUUUUAUUGUAAAAGACAUCGUUGAUAGGCUCAAAGAUUUUGAGGGUGUGGUUAGAUGGGUUGGUAAGACAGCUAACUUAGAGGCUGAUAUGCCUUAG